AUGAAGCCCUGGCUCUGGCUCGGCGCGCUGCUGCUGCUGCACCAAACGCUGCACCAUGCUGUUGGUCAGUCUGCAAAGAACAAGCGUCCCAAGGAACCAGGGGAGAACAGGAUUAAACCAGCUAACAAAAAAGUAAAACCCAAAAUUCCCAAAUUAAAGGAGAGAGAAUCCACAGACUCAUCCCCAAAGAUCUACUCCAUAAUGACGCAAGUGAUGGAUAAGGGCCGCUUUCAGAAGCCUGGUGCCACUCUGAGCCUUUCUGCGGGGCAGAGUUUAGAACUGCGGUGUAAAGGGAAUAAAAUUGGGUGGAGCUAUCCUUCUUAUCACGACACUUUUAAAGACUCCAGACUCAGUGUCAAGCAACAUGACAGAUACAGUCAGCUGAUCUUGACAAAUUCCACUGUAGCAGACACCGGUGAAUACAGCUGUUGGCUUCUUGUAUGCAAAGGUUACAACUGCAAGAAGGAUGAGUCAAAAACAGGCUCAACGUACAUCUUUUUUGCAGAUAAAGGGGAGCUCUUUGUUCCUUCUCCCAGCUAUUUUGAGGUGGUAUAUCUUAACCCAGAUAAACCGGCGGUGAUCCCUUGCCGAGUUACCAACCCAUCAGCAAAAGUAACUCUUCAUCAGGAAUUUCCAGCAGAAGAAGUCAAAGUGGAUGGAAUUAACAUUAUCUAUGAUGUAAAGAAGGGCUUUGUCUAUCAGCACCCAAAGUCUGAACACAAAGGAGUAGUUUACUGCAGAGCCGAAUCAAGGGGAGCACCCCAGAUUUCCAUUAAAUACCAACUGCUUUAUGUGGAAGUCCCCAGUGGUCCACCUUCAACUACAAUUAAGGCAUCAUCCAACAGUGCAAGCGGCGGAGACGAUAUCAGCGUUCUGUGCACAGUUUUGGGAGAGCCAGAUGUAGACGUGGAAUUCAACUGGAUAUAUCCAGGGCAAGAGUAUGAAAGGCCUGUGAUUAUCCAAGACACUUGGAGGCUGAUCGACAGAGGAAUCAGUCACACCACAAGAAUCUCAGAGAGUGUCAUCAUUGUAGAAGAUUUUGAAACCAUCGACACUGGGAACUAUAUUUGUAUAGCUCAGAACCUCCGAGGACAGACGACAGUAGCUACCCACAUUGAACUGAUAUGAUACACUGAGCUUGAAGUAGAGCCAGAACAGGAAAUAUAUUGCUGGACUGUUUCUGGCUAACUUUUACACACUGAACUGGAAGUAAGAUAUGUCCUUACUCUAUA